AUGGGGAGAGAUGUCGUGUUCCUGCUGCUCCUCGCCGCAAUCCCGGCCCUUGUUCUCCUCCAUCUCGCCGCAGCUCCCUACACUAAGGUAGAAGAGUCGUUCCACAUCCAGGCUAUUCAUGAUAUACUGUCCUCGGGAAUCCCAACUCGCAAUGUCUCCGAGACGCUGCGCGCUGAAUAUGAUCACUUUGCCUUCCCUGGCGCCGUCCCUAGGACGUUCGUUGGCGCCGUGAUGCUGUCCGGCCUGUCGCAACCAUUUAUCUGGUUGAAGGCCAACAUUGACAGACAAUUCCUUGCACGCGCCAUUCUGGGUCUCUUCAAUGCUGCCUCAUUACUGGCAUUUGCUUCUGGUUUGCGCCGCACUGCGGGCAAGACCACCGCAAUCUGGUAUCUACUUUUCCAAGCCAGCCAGUUCCACAUCUUCUACUACGCAUCGCGGACCCUAUCGAACAUGUUCGCAUUUGGCCUCACCACCCUGGCCCUACGAUAUGUCCUCCCAGAGCCCGUGAGCCCGACAGUAUACAAGAAGCGGGCCCGCCUCUCCCUCUACCUCAUAACCGUCGCCGGCAUCAUCUUCCGCUCCGAACUGGCCAUCUUCCUCGCAACCAACACCCUCUUUCUCUUCGCGACCCGUCGCAUCACCAUCCAGCGCGAGAUCAUCCCCGCCGGCAUCCUCGGCCUGCUUGUCGGCCUCACCUCCACCGUCCUCGUGGACUCCUUCUUCUGGCAACAAUUCCCCCUCUGGCCUGAACUCGCAGCCUUCAAAUUCAACGUCAUCUCCGGUCAAGCCUCCGCCUGGGGCACCCACCCCUGGCACUUCUACUUCACCAACGCCGUUCCGCGUCUCCUCCUCAACCCUCUCACCUACAUCGUGGGCAUCCCCUUCGCUCUCUAUCAACCCUCCACCCGCGGCCUCGCAGCCAACACUCUCAUUCCUUCCCUGUUCUUCCUCGCCAUCUACAGCGCCCAACCCCACAAAGAAUGGCGCUUCAUCAUCUACACCAUCCCCGCGCUCACUGCCGCCGCCUCCCUCGGCGCAUCAUACAUCUGGACCCAUCGGACUAAAUCCCUCCUCUACCGUCUUCUCUCCUUAGUUAUGCUCACAUCCACCUUCGCCUCCUUCCUCCUCUCUACUUUUGUACUCCUCCCCGCCUCGUCAGCGAACUACCCCGGUGCUCACGCCUUGAAUACCCUCCACGCUUAUGCCGAGAACACCACUACCAACUCGUCCCCCAACACCAUUUCCGUCUACCUAGGCAACCUCGCCUGCCAAACAGGCGUCACUCGCUUCCUUCAACACCCCUCCUCUCCUUCAGAGUCAACCACACCUACUUGGCACUACGACAAGACCGAGGACGAAACCACCAAAUCAUCCCCGACCUUCUGGUCACAGUUCGACUACGUCCUCGUCGAACCAAGUGAAGAGUCGGAGAAGGUCCUCGGAUCCUGGGAAGUCGUCGACACAGUUGAUGGCUUCGCAGGACUAAGGAUCGUUCGGCCGGGUGAUGAGGCCGUCGGGGCUGUGGAGGAGAAGGUGGUAGCAUAUGUGUUGGGGGAUGAAGGGGUGAGGCUGUUCGAGAAGGCGAGGAGAUUUGUGAGGGAUGUGAUUACGAAGGGGUGGCGGGCUGAGGUGAGGAUGGAGCCGAAAAUUAGGAUUUUGAGGAAGGGGGUGGAAGUAUAA